CAUGCGACGGUUUAACGGUUUGAGUAUCGGGAUAUAGUCUGCAGUUUUGGUUUUUUGUUUUGGUUUUCAGUGAGUUUUGAUAGUUUUGUGGCAAUAACACACGGAUGCCAACAAGAAACACAUACAAACAUACACGUACGGCAAGAAUUUACUCAUUCGAGUACGUUUCAGCAGUGAUUGUCAUAUUCUGACAGGUUAACAAAUUGCCAGAAUUUAUCGACGAUUUUGUGUGUUUGGUGCAAAUAAAAGAACGAAAGACUUGCAUACAUAGAAACAACAGCGAAAAUGGCGACCUAUAUAAAAAUUUUCAAUGAGCGCAUUUCCGGUCUCUCAAAAGGCGUUGAUGAAACGGUGGAUGGCUGGUUUUUGAUGAGUUCGCCUGGGCCUGUCGCCUCAAUUGUUGCGCUCUACCUGCUUUUCGUUCUCAAAAUAGGACCUGCAUAUAUGCGUGAUCGCAAACCGUACGAUUUGAAGAAAGUCAUGGUUGUCUACAAUGCAUUCCAAGUUGUUUUCUCUAUAUGGAUGUGUCGCACAUCUAUACGGGAAAGUAAUGUUGCCGCCUCAAUACUCUCAAAGAAAUGUGAAAUUGUACGCAAUCGCGAACAAAACUUGAUGCUCUACUCCGGCGCCUGGUAUUACUUCUUCUCUAAGAUAAUUGACUUAUUGGAUACCACCUUCUUUGUGCUGCGCAAGAAACAAAAUCAAGUUUCAUUUUUGCAUGUCUACCAUCACACCAUAACAGCACUCUUCUCGUGGGGAUAUCUUAAGUAUGCGCCGGGCGAGCAAGGCGUCAUUAUUGGCAUUCUCAAUUCUGGCGUUCACAUCGUUAUGUAUUUCUAUUACAUGGUUGCUGCUAUGGGUCCCCAGUACCAGAAGUAUCUUUGGUGGAAGAAAUACAUGACCUCCAUCCAACUCAUACAGUUCGUACUAAUUUUGGGCUAUAUGGUUAUGGUUGCUGCAAAGGGUUGCAAUAUGCCGCGUGCGCUCACUUUCUUCUUUGUCGGCAAUACGAUCAUCUUUUUAUAUUUAUUCGGCAAUUUCUACAGAAAGACCUACAAUACAAGAAAGGCGGCUGCAGCAGCAGCAGCAGCUAAUGGACACGCAAACGGUCAUGCAAACGGUUAUGCCAAGGCUUAUGCUAAUGGUCAUGCGAACGGUUCGAUUGCUGGACGCGCCCUGCUCGCGGCUGCCGGUGGCAUGGGCUGCAAUCCGACGAACUCGCUGCUAGCACAUGGUGAUCAAAUGAAGCGCCUCAUUGAUGUCAAUAAUAAUCAUGUAAAAUUGGCGAAGAGCGAAUAAGUGCCGAUCGCAAGUGGUUGUGGCAAUUGAUGGCAAAGUACAAGUGUGCAGGGGUAAAAAAGAAUAUGGGAAGGGUAAUAUAUACACACAUUAUUGGAAGAUGAUUACAGGGUGUUGAUGAACGAAAGGUCAGCAAAAAUGAUUUUCGCUUUUAAAAAAUCAUAUCCGCAAGUAACACUUUUCAAGGGAAUACAAUUUAAUCAAAAAUGUAGAAGCCGCGAUAGUUAAGUUAAAAUAGAAAAAAAAUAAGUAAAUUAAUUUAAUUCAAUUUAAUUCAGUUUAAUUUAAUUAUUUUCUUUGCACACUAAAACAGACAAAAUGGAAAAAACAAUGAAUGAACUUUUAAUUCCCUAGUACGCACUUACACAUUCGAAAUUAUUAAAUAGAAAAUCUUCUAACCAAACAAAAAAGACAAAAUAUAUAAAAAAAAAAACGAAUUGUUAACGUGGUAGAACUUAAAUGAAAACAAAAAAACAUAUGGCUAUGUAAAAUUGUGCACAAUUUUCACUUUCGCAAUCCAAUAUUGGUUCAAACAUUUUUUACAAAUUAUCUUUAUUGCAAUAACUAUUAUUUUGUACAAACAACAAA